GGAGAUAGAGGUGCAGAGUUUGUUGCUCAUCGCUUCACAGUGCGAACACAAAGUUGCGAGGAAUCAACUCCUCUCCGGGUCGUGGCUCCUUGUGCGUAAUUACGCGCAUCCGCCGGUUCCACACCCCGCACGCAGCGAGGCUUCUGUGCCAUCUCUCCGCUCCACCGCCAUGGACGCGGACAGCAGCGCGUUGCCCGACCUGAAGGAUAUAGAAACCAAGCUGGGUCGCAAAGUGCCGGACAGUCUCAUUCGCUCUCUCGUUGGAGGAAAACAUCACGAGAAGUCCGCGUCGCCGCAUUUAUCCAACUACAGCAAGUGCUGUGCCAACUCUGGAGACUUGAAGCGACUGGAGAGCAAAAUGCAAUUCCUCAAACAAGAAAUGGCCCAUCUCCGAGCCAUCGACGUGAAGCUGAUGCAGCAGCUCAUGUCCAUCAACGAGGGCAUCGAGUCCAUCCGCUGGAUAAUCGAGGACAAGGGAGGUGCCGCCAGCCAAGAUGGCAGCCUGACGGGCAGCUUGUACAGCCUGUCGGACAGCCAGGACGGCACGUCACUGCGCGGCAGCUUCAACAGCCUGAACGACGGCAACAGCGACGACUCGGACGGCCUGUCGGUCGGCAGCUACCUGGACACGCUAGCGGAAGAUCUCCCCGAGGAUCCGUCGCCCACGGACCUGGAAUGCUUUGUGGAGAAAACUGUUAUCGAAGGCGACUCCUUCAGCAAGUCGCCGCUGAAACUCAGGGUGGAGGCGGACGAAUACUACUGCUUUGGAUAAUGAUGCUGAGCUAAAUGCGGUGUUCAAAGACUGAAGUUGUCGUGUUGUUUUUUCCCCACACGCAUCACAUUUUUUUCUAAUAUCUUACCAAAAAGGUCAUUUUGAUCUUGACAUUGAAACCAGCUUCCUCACGUCGUUUGGAGUCACAAUAUAGCCUUCGCUGAUUCGUCUGGCUCCAACCCCCUUCUGGAAGAAAAACAACCAUCAUUAGCCUCGGCUACUAGGGAAGAACGCAACAUGGGUUAUCAUGGCUGAACUCUAUACCAGCAGCUGUUGUUAAACUCUGUAUUUUACAGUGAUACUACUGCUUUCAUGUGUAGGAGACUAUCACUCAUGCUUUCCUGUUUACACCGACACGCACAUGCCCAGUGUGCAUGAGCCGUCACGUGAUAUAAGUUUUCAGACGGGGAUUUAAACUGAUAUGGAGCCAAAACUCUUGUGUGGACAGAGUCCGGUUUUCAAAUGAAAACAUAGCUGUGUGGAUGUCGCCUUAAUGUCCAAAUGCAAGUUAACAUGCUGUAACUGUUCCUUUAUGUCUUAAUUUUCUUUUAAUAAUUCAGAUUGAUUAAACCAAAAAGGUGCAGGGAGACCAAAAGUUAGUUUAUUUCUUCCUAGCCAAGGGUGGACUGAAGCAGUUUCCUUCUCGACCUGUGGACCAUUCGACUGGUGUGAUUGUGCCGUGACGUCCACCGCAAUCCCCAGAUCUGAGUCAAGGAGUAGAUUAGGAUUUAGCAGCCAUUUGGAAAAUUGGACAUUUCUUGCAGAGCGAUUCGAGAGAUCUCAAGUGUUACAGCAAGUGCAAUUUGUUCCAACGCCAAACGCCGAGCACCACCUACUGUGGGUGUUAUGCUUUUCAUUGUUUCUCACUUCAUUGUUUUUGACUGAUGCAAGUCCCCUAAACUGAGCCGCCGCACUCAGCGAGUAGAGAAUUCACAACAAGAAGUCUUACACACGGGAGAUUAGUUGCACAUUGAAAAGCACAGAUGCUUGACUGAAGAAAAAAAACAAAACACAAAGCAGUUUCAUUGUCUGAUAGAUCAUUUAGGCCUGAGGCGAGAACCCUGUUAACACCAGAUGGGAGAUUUGCUGCUGGCGGACAGAAGAGAAACACAUGUUUGCCUUGUGGGCACAUUUUUUUAAUUCCCGGUUGUGCAAAAAGGUUUAGUAAGAGCUUUACAUCGCUGUGCUUAAGUGUGUUGUUUCGGUUUUUUAAUUCCCAAAUGUGUUGAUUUGUGUGUAUUUGUAAUGCUGCCUGCUUUGGAAAUGGCUUUAUUGACUGCUGAUGAUUUUUUUGUUGUCAGAAAUGAAUUAAUAAUAUAUUGUAACUCGUCUCUCGGCUCAAAUUGUGUUACGUUGUGAAUGCAAAGAAACGCACACGAUCCCCAACUGAACUGGGUUAGUGUCCAUUUUUAGAAAAAGCAGUUCACUGCCCUUAUUAUGGAAUCUUAAUGGGAUGGAAAGUGAACAUUAUGUCACGUUCCCCUCGUGGUAAAAUUGAGUUAAGAAUAAUCUGUUAAUAAUAAAGUCCGACUUGACGGUG